AUGAACAACAGCAAUUCACAUAUUACCACAAAGAACCACAAAGAAAUUAAUUCAAGCUUAUCAAAUCAAAAUAAAACUCAAAAUUUACAUAAAAAUAACUUAAAUUUAUCAUUAGCAAACGAUUUAUUGCAUAAAACAGAUACAGGUAAUACAAGAGUGAACAAAUCUGUCUCAAAUCUUACUGGUUCAGAAAAAUAUAUCCUGAACGAAAUUAAAAAUGACAAACGAAACAGAAUUAAUGAAAGAAAUACAAAGAACAUAUCAAAUACAUCAAUUCCAAAAGGUUCCAAGAAAAUUGGAGAAUUUGCCAAUAAUUCAGAUAAAACUCAACUAAAUAGCCCAACAACAGCUCGCAAUACAUCUAAUCCUACUAUACAUUCAAAUCACAUACAUAAAACAGCUUUAACUACUCAAAAUGAUCAUAAAGAUAAAAAUGAUUUGAAGAAAAUAGAUAAUAACUCUUCAAAAUCGUAUGCUAAUAAUAAUAAAACACAUAUACCAAACAAUGAAUCUCAAAAUCAUAAUUUAACUCAAGAAAUGAAAUUAAAUAAAAAUUCAAAGGAAAAAAUCCAAAACCAGACAGUGAAUCACCAUAAAGAUGCAUCAAAAAUCGAUGGUGAUGCAGUGUUGAAUAGAAAAUCAAAUGGUUCUCAUUUAUCAAAUCCAAAUCUCAAACAAGAGCAAACAAACACUACAAAGAAUAACCAAUCAAGUCUCAGUAAAGAAAACCAUAGUAAUCAAACAAAAAAUUCAUUAAUAAAUCAAAAUCAGAUUUCACAUCAAAAACAAUUAACAAAAGAAACAACAACAGCUAAAAUACCUCAUAAAAACAUUGUUUCACAUACAAAUAUUUCUAAACAAACACCAGAUUCAAGUAAAAAUCAAAAACAUAUGAAAAAUUUAGAAAAUUCAACAAAAACAAAACAAACUCAAGAAAUAAUUCAUUCUAAUCAAGUUAAAACAUCAGUGAUACCAACAAAAACAACAGUUAAACAAACACCAACAAUAAUUCCACAACCAAGAACUACAAAAAUACCAUCAACAACUGUUCAAAAACAAACAACAAAUUCAGUAAUUUCUCACAGUACAAAUUCGAUUUUUAAAACAACAAAUAGUGUUUCUUCAAGAAAAUUACUUCAAAAACAAACUCCAAUUGCAACUGCUCAUCAAACACAAAAACAAACUAUUGUUCAACAUUCAACACAUUCUGCAACAGUUUCACAGAAACAAAAUCAAACUAAAAAAGAAACAAUAUAUGUUACUAAAAUUCCAUCAUUAAAAGAAACUCCUUCUCCUAGAAAUAUUCCAAUGAAAACUCCUCAUGAAACAAUUAAACAAACUCCAAUUAUUAUUCCAAAACAAACAACAAUUUUCAUUCCAAAACAAACUCCAAUAGAAACAGCAAAACCAACAAUUAUUGAAACAACUAUACAAAAAUUAAUUCAAACUCCAGCAGAAACAGUUAAACAAACUCCACAUCAAAUAACUAAAGAAACACCAAAUGUAAUUUCAGCACAAACAACAAAAUUCAUUCCAAAACAAACUCCAAUAGAAACAGAAAAACAAAAGCCAAUUCAAACCCCAGCCGAAACAAUAAAACAAACUCCAGUUGAAACACCUAUUCAAGAACCAAUUCAAACUCCCCAAGAAACAAUAAAAGAAACUCCAACUAAUAUUCCAUUUCAAACUCCAUCUGCAACUCCUAUUAUUACAUUAUAUAAAGAAAUUCCAGAAAGAUCUCCAAUUCAAACAGUUCGAGAGAAACCAAUUUUCAUUCCACAACAAACUCCAAUUCUAUUAUAUGAACCAAUUCAAACAAUUAAAGAAACACCACAACAAACAAUUAUUCAAACUCCUUUUGAGACACCACAAGAAACACCACAACAAACUCCUUAUGAAACAAUAAAAGAAACUGUUUAUCAAACUCCUGCUGAAACCCCAUUGCAAACUCCAUUUGAAACUCCAAUUUAUACUCCAAUGCCAACACCAACUCCACAACAUGCUAUAUUUUUACAAGAUUUACCACAAUCUAUUUCACAAACACUUUCAAUUACAACAAGAAAUUCUUAUACACAUAUAAUAAAUAUCACAGAAAAAUAUACUUAUUUCACUCCACAAAUUAGAGAACAAUUCUCAUUUCAUUUCUUUAUCAAUGAGAAAAAUACAUAUAAAUAUGUCGGACAGUUACAAGAAAACCACAUUGGAUUUCAUUUUGGAGCAUCAACAGGUUUAGUUUAUGUUAAUCACACAACAUUAGAAUUACAACAUAUUUGUUACAUAACUUACAAAGAAAACAAAAAAGAUGAUUAUUUCUUUGUUUUUCAUCCAUCGCAAUUCAACUCAAACACAAAACCAAUAGAAAAUAAAGAGAUGUUUCGAGUUAAAUCAGAGAUGGUUCGAUGCAAUUCUUUGUUGGAUAGUUAUAUUUCAAAAUUUGACAAUCAACAAAAAACAAUUUUUGAGAAAAACCGUCAAAUUUUCAAAUCAUUGAAUCAAGAUUCAUUUCAUAUCAACAUAACAGAGAGUGGCUGGAAAAUUAUAUUCAUUGACAAACCAAAAACAAUUGUUUAUUCAUUAAACAUAACAAAUGCUUCAAUAACAGCAUUUUAUUUAUCGAAAGGAAGUUAUAUUCCUUUUGCACAAAUUUCUGACAAAUCUCCAAACAUGAUUUCAAUUGGAGAUCGAUCAGGAGUUUUACUUAUAGAAGGGACACCAAAUACAACAGUUAUUUGGAACGCAUUCACAACCACAGGAAUUUACCCUGGUUCAGGAUAUUUCGAACAUAUUUGUUCAAAACAACAAAUAACAAAUGAACGAAUUAAAUUUUUCGAAUCAAAAAUCAAAGAAGAAAUAAAGACUAAAACGAAAUUAAACAAUUUAUUAAAUUUGCCAUUCGAAGCUUACGCAAAAGAGAUGACAAAUGCAUCAUCAUUGUCACAAACAUAUGAAAUCGAGAGUAAAAAUAAUCCAAUCAAACAAAUCCUUGCAACAUUUGAUGAAAAUGGAACUUACACUUAUAUAUUUCCAGCAGGAAACUAUGAUGUUUUCUUCCCGAACAUGAGUCAUUUGACCAUAAACUAUUUCAUUUAUAAAGAUAAAACAGGAGAUGACUUGAAAUAUUAUGGUCAAAUUCAUAAUGUUAAAAAUUAUGGAAAUUUGAUUGUUCGACAUAAUUUACCAAGUUUGAUUCUAGUACAAUCGAAAGAACUCAAAUCAUUCCAGUUUGUUUAUAUCAAUCAAGGAUUAGUUAAUUGCCAUCAAACAUAUAUUUCUAACUACGAUGCAAAAGAAAAUAACUUCAAAAAUGUUGUUAAAAAUUCUUCAACUCGAUUACAAAUUUGUAAUUUGCGAUUAAUUGACAGACAAACAAAUUACAAACUAUUUUAUAAAUUGCCAGAAACAUCAUUUGUUUCUAUAUAUUCUCCACAAAACACUCGUACAAGAGUUUUGCAAUUUUCAGGAUAUUUCAUUCAAGAAACAGCAUUACCAUUUUUAGAAGUUUAUUCAUUUGUGAAAAACGAAGAAUUCCAAACUGAAUUCAAGAUCACAAAGACAUCACUUGAUAGGGAACAUCGAUUCAGUUUCUCAUAUGAAAAUAUCAAGAAAACAUCUAUUGUUUUCCCAGACAAAAUCACUAAUUUACAAAUCAUAAACAAUCCAGAUAUUGUUAGUUUUGUUACAGAACAUUUAGCGAAUAUUAAUCCAGAGAUGCCACGAAUCCAAGAGAAGAACAUCGUAUUCACAUCAUCACUUCAAACAGAAGAUCCACAAUCUAUCAGUUUCGAGAGUAAAAGUUCUAUUCCUCAUGAGAUAUUUCUUGACAAACCACACACUGUUGUUAUCAUUCCAGAUUUAUACACAUUUACAAUUCGAUGUUUCACACGAAACGAGAACAAAAUCAACUAUUUUGGUUCUAUCAAUUCUAAAGAGCAUCUUGGUGUUUUCUUCGGUAACAACUCUGGUAUAUUGUAUGUCACUUCGUUUGGUAACAAAAAGUUCCAAAUGUACACAUUACAUGACAAUUCAAAUGAUGAUUAUUUCUUCAUCAAGAAACCGAAUUUGGUUUCUAAACGAAAUUUUGAAGUUGAAAACAACAUCACAUUGAAAAACAUUUCAUUAGAAAUCGAGUCCAACAAAAGGAACCAUGUUAAAGAUCUUUCUAACAACCACACAUUUUACCGAGGCAGUGUAUGUUUCCCUAAAACAGAGUUCAAUUACAGAGACAUUUAUUUAUCACAAGGAACAACAAUUUUGUUUACUAAUAAAAAGAGAUACAAUGUUUUCUAUUUCAAAGAAAACGAUAAACAAAGAAUGGUUCCAAUCGAAGUUCAAACACCAGAAAAUGAUGUUUAUGGAUACCAUUAUGGAUUGUUAACAAAUGGUGCAAUUCGAAUCAAACUUCAAGGUCGAAACUCAUGUAUUGAAUUUUUGAUUUUUAAUUCAACGAAUUCAGUUGAAACAUUUUCAUUUUCUAUUAAUGACUUGAAGUUCUUACGAACUAAUAUAAGGGACAUCGAAACCGAAAUUGCCAUCAACUCAUUCUACAAGCACUUAAACAAUGUCAACAAAACAUUUAUGAUGAAAUACGCUGUUAAGAACACGAGUUCAAUUAAUGAAACAGAAACCACCAAGAAAGUUUAUAACAAUAAUCAGAACAACGAAGAAGAGAAGAAGAAACAACAAGAAUCACGAAUCAAGAUCAUUGGCGGUGGCGAUGAUUCAUCAAUUGAUUUAGACAUCAUUCGAGAUAAUGACAAAGAAAGUUUUCCAGAACUGAAUCUCGUUUUCGAAUGGCGAAGUGGAAAUAAAUACAAUUUAUUUAGUAACAGUACUAUUCAUGAAGGAUAUUCAUAUCAAAGGAUCAUCAUUGUAUAUGUUUUCAUCUGUUUACCACUCAGUUCGAUUCUCGGUGCAAUUUACUUUUCUAAUAUCAUUUACGGCUGCAUCAAACCAUCAAACAUCGAAAGCAUCUUGAAUCACAUUGGAGAAAACACACUUGGUGUUGAAGAAAACGACGAAUACCAAGAAUCAAACACAGAUUAUAAUGAUCAAUAUCUUGAUGACAAUCAUCUUCAAGAUCUUAAUCCAACAUAA